UUUAUUAGUGAAACAAUUAAUCCCUCUUGUUAGAAGAUAUUGGUUUUCUUUAGAGGACUGUCGUAUCUCUAAGGAUUAGUCUUGAACUCAAGUUGCCGGAGUUGACCAUCGGCGGCUAGAAACGGCUUUGUCUUCUCGAUUCGAUUCGAUUCGAUUCGCGGCGGCGAUACCCCCAAAUUGCACCUGAACCUUUCCUUGCGCUUUGUGGCAACUUAAUGAACUAUACUUACCCUUCUGCUUAGUCGUAUCUGUAAAUCUAACCCGAGCUGAGGGUUUCAUAUCACUUUUGGUUGAAAAUCAUAGGAGCAAGCAAGGAACUCAGAAAGAUUUGAUAUGGCAACUAGACGCGUUCGUUACACCCCUCUUGCCACAGAUGAGGAUGAUUAUGUUGGUAAUCAAACUAGAUCAUUUGACCCUCGAUUUGAUUACACACCGAGAGCCUUGGACAGAGUUCCCUGGAAAUCUAUUGCCCUUGCACUCUUCCUCUUGUUUCUUGGUACCGGACUUCUGUUUCUUUCAUACUUUAUUUUCACUGGUCAUAUGGGGGGAGAACGCUCUCAAGCUUAUGGCCUUUUAGCAUUAGGAUUUCUGAGCUUUCUCCCAGGAUUUUAUGAGACUCGACUUGCGUAUUAUGCCUGGAGAGGUGCCAAAGGUUAUCGCUUUUCUGCCAUCCCUGAUUACUAGAGCAGAUGGGUUAUACCUUCCAAACUCAGACGUGAUCAGAUUUCGGUGCUCCUUAUUUGUAUGCUUUGCAUUGAAUAAAUAAAAUUGUACAAUGGGGUUAGAAAAUGCAGUAAUACAAUUUAGAAAGACAAAAAAUAUGCACAAGAUUAUUUGUAAGAAUAGAAAAUAACAGUAAAAUCUAGCGUGGAAUUGUUCUAUUAAGCAAUAUUGCAUGGUUCUUGUUUUCUUCAACUGAGCCUAUUUUGCAUAGUACUUGCUUUCUUCCUUAAACUGAGCGUAUUUUAAUUAUGUGGAA